UUGUUUCUUGAGAGUCACAGCCAGCAUAUGGAAUCAAGAAAUAAAACAAGAAUUUCAGAAUUUUUACUUCUGGGAUUUUCAGAGGAACAAGGAAUAAAGCCCCUCAUAUUUGGACUUUUCCUUUCCAUGUACCUGGUCACCGUCUUUGGAAACCUGCUCAUCAUCCUGGCUGUCAGCUCAGAUCCCCACCUCCACACCCCCAUGUACUUCUUCCUCUCCAACCUGUCCUUUGUAGACAUCUGUUUCACCAUUACCACCAUCCCAAAGAUGCUGUGGAACAUCCAGUCACAGAACAAAGCCAUAACCUAUGAAGGCUGCAUUAUUCAGAUGUAUUUUUUCAUACUCUUUGUAUGUUUGGAUGACUUCCUCCUGACCGUGAUGGCCUAUGACCGUUUUGUGGCCAUCUGUCAUCCCCUGCACUACAUGGUCAUCAUGAACUCCCAGCUCUGUGGACUGCUUGUGUUGGUGUCCUGGGUGAUGAGUGCUCUGAAUUCCUUGUUACAAAGCUUAAUGGUAUUGCGGCUGUCCUUUUGUACAGACUUGGAAAUUCCCCACUUUUUCUGUGAAAUUAAUCAGAUGGUCCGACUUGCCUGUUCUGAUACAUUUUUUAAUGACAUGUUGUUUUAUUUUGCAGCUGGCGUGUUUGGUUUUUUAACCCUCACUGGAAUUCUUUACUCAUAUUCUAAGAUAGUUUCCUCCAUAAGAGGAAUCUCAUCAGCUCAAGGGAAGUAUAAAGCAUUUUCCACCUGUGCAUCUCAUCUUUCAAUGGUCUGCUUAUUUUAUUGUACAAGCCUAGGAGUGUACCUUAGCUCUGCUGCUACCCAAAGCUUACACUCAAGUGCAACAGCCUCAGUGAUGUACACUGUGGUCACACCCAUGCUGAACCCCUUCAUCUACAGUCUGAGGAACAAAGAUAUAAAGAGUGCUCUGGAAAGAAUCAUUGAAAUGGCAGCUACAAAAGGUCCAACUGUUUUGGGGCUGAAGUAG